AUGUUAGCAGUGUUGUAGGUUGGAUUGCUUGGUUUUGUGAGCAUUCCUAGUUUUUAGGAUUCUCUCUUAGAAUUUCACAUAAAUCGACAUUUGAAUGGCUUAUAAAUAGAAAUGAAUAUCAUAUAACAAGAAAUCUAUAUCCAAUAUUAAGCAUAUUUUAAUUAAAUAUUUGGAGUAAGUGCACAUUUGAGACAUUAUUGUUUUGGCGAGUUUUAAAACUAUUCAUCCUGGACUUUGGAUGCCAAGUAAAUUGCACCCUUCUCGUUUUCAUCUGGUGAAAUAACUGAAGAAGAUUACACAGUGGCCUGGAGUCACUCUAAUUACACUAAUUUCAACACCUUACAGUAAUCAAACCCCAGAUUAAGCUUUUUGGUGAACAAGAUCACCUAAUCACUUAUAUUAUCAGAUAUCAUAAUCAAUAAUACAAGAUCACUCUCGUAAGACUUACAACUAGAACCCAAAUCGAGCGAGGCAGAUUCAACACUGGUACCCAUCAACUAUGCAUCAUUGAUGGUUCAUUGCACAGACUCUUUGGUCGUUAGGAUACCAUAGUUCACUAAAUAGCAAUAAAAUUUGUUGAAGGACAUUAAUACUUAUGAUUGGCUACCAGAAGAAGAAUUCAUAUUAGACUCUACAUUGAAUUUUACAAUUUAUUAUGAUCAUAAUGAUGUAUUCACCUCAAGUCCAUCAUUAACGAUGACAUAAAUCAUCUCUUAAGAUGAUGCUAGAUAAUGCUAUCUGACAGCAAAGAUUUCAAAUUUAUAUCUCUUGGAUCUCAUAACAAGACAUUACCAAUAACAUGAAAGUCAAGGUGAAAGUGAACAUUAGUUGUUUACUGCCAUCAUUGACUAGUAAUACACUACCUUAGCCCCAUCAGAUUACAGCAAUAUGGCUAUUUCCGAAUCCAUUAUUAAAUACAUAGUGACAACUAAAGAUUUCAGUUAAUCUUCCUAUAAUACUUUGAAUGAAGAUUUGGCACCAUAAAUCCUCAAUAAAUCUAAUGAAUUAGUGUAUAAUGCAACUCUAAAUUCCACAUCCUUGACUUACUCGUUUGGUUAAAAUAAGUUUUAUCUUUUAUUUUCCAAGGUCAACACCUAUUCCACAAAGAAGGUGUCUAUAGUUACAGCCCCUGAAAAUGGGAGAAGAUAUGUGUACAUUGAACCUGAAGAAAACAAUUUCACAAUGCCUUCCUUCAUUUUGGUCCAUUACUUUGAGGAACAAACUCUAAUUCAAGAACUCUAUGAAGGCACAUCCCUGAAUAAUGUCAGGAUCUUAGAGAUCAUUGUUUUAAUUGUAAUCAUUGUGUUAUCAGUUGUCAUAUUUCUAUUUGUUUGGUAUACAGCCACUCGAAUUGGUUUAUCAUUUGAAUAGCCAAUCAAGGUUUUAACUGAAUUUAUGAAUAGUAUAGACAUUUAAAACAUGGAUCAAGAAGAAGAAUUGAUUAAUUAUUAGGAUUAUUUUAACUCCUUUGAGAUUAAAUCCUUAUUUCAAACUAUGAAUAUAUUUGUAACUACAAUCAAGUAUUCCAAUCAAAAAUAUUCAAAUUCUAAACAUUCAGACGCCUUGGCUUUGAUGGAAUUAAGUAAAGCAAAGGACUUUUACAAGAAAGAAAUAGGAAACAUGAGUGCAGUUGGAAUAUGUGCCAAUAAUAUUGGGAUCUUGCACAUGAAGGGUGGCAGAGUAUUUGAAGCCAUAAAUGAAAUGGAAGAAGCCAUCUACAUAGCCAAAUUAGAAUUAAUAGAAAUCAAAGAACUUAAAAAAUGGUGUUUAGGGAUGUAGUCAGCAUUACAGGAACCAAAUUUAUAUUAAAAUUUCAAAUAAAGAUUGAAAGUAUUGGCUCAAAGAUUCAAAGAGUAAAUGAAAAUCAAUUGGAUAAGUGUACAAGUAAAGAAGAAGAAGGAUAACAAAUCAAAAAGGGUCGAAAGUUAAUACAAAGGAAAUUCAUAAUCCCUCAUGAGUAAACCAUUAGAUUAACAUCAUAAAAACUAAUCUACUUCUCAAUUGUUACAAAAAACCAAUAUCCCCCAUGUAGCAUUACUCAACACUGGCACCUAAAACAGAAUAACAUAGAUAUAAACAAAUUCUAUUCAAACACCUAUGUAGAAGAAGAAGAGAGUAAGUGGCAGAAUGUCAUUUGCAGAAAGUAAGCAACAAUUACAACCCAUCAACUCAGUAGAUCCUGAUAAUUCACCAUACAUAUCUCCUCAAUUAUCUCCAAAUAUAUCAAAUAACAAGGUCAAAUAUCAAGGAGGUCACUCAUAUAAUUAAAGUAGUAUCAUCAGUUAGAGAUUGGAUUUGAAAGAGAGCAUUAUUCAAUAAGAUGAAAGAUAUAAAGAUGAGGAAUAUAGGCAAGAUCAAGAUGGAAGAGUAAGAGGAGAUUCUGGAUAAUCUAACGGAGGUAUGACAGAAUUAUAAAUGAUCGAAGAGAAGAUUGUAGAGUUGAUGAAGAAGAAACAACUAGCAAAGGCAAAAUUGUUAAAUAGACAAUUUCAAUUGGCAUAGUUCAUGUUCACUAUUUGUAUGCAAAAUGAAAUCUUCAUUCCAGAAACACUUAAAUUAUUCAAUGAUUUUGAAGCCAUAGCUGAGAAGGAUUAAAAGUUCACUUAAAGCAAUAUAGUAAGAUUGAUUAAUCUCCAUGUUAAAAAGGCAUUGUGUUAUAUCUAAAUUGGAGAUUUGAGUAAUUUCAAAAUAUCUGAAAAAAAGGCAUUAGAGUAUUACAACAAACUUAAUGAAAACACUAAUUAAGAGUAAAAUCAAGCCGAAUAGGAUUAUAACUUUGUUGACAUGUUCAAAAAUGUACCCAAAGAAGUCCUACUUUCAAAGAUUAUGCAACUAUAAGCCAUAUACGAAUUAAUCGAAGGUAAUUUCAAGACUGGUGCUGAGAUCUUAACAUAAAUAAUAGAAUUGGGUGAAUAUUAUGAUCCUGAAGUCCGUGAUUUCUGUCUCAUGGUUUUAGAGAAAAUCUUUAAUCUAUUUAGCAUAUCUCCUUUGCCCAUCCAAUAAUUUAGAAACUAAAUUUCUAUCAACAUCUACGAAAUCGUUUUCAUUAUUGAUUAUUCAAAAGAAAUGACUGUUGAGCAAAUCAACUUGUCUCAUAGCAUAUGCACCAAAAUCUUCAACAUUCUAUAACCCCAAGAUUUGAUUGGCAUGUACGGAUUCAACAAUUCACUACACGAGGCUUUUCCAUUAUAACCAAAAGGAACCUAUAAAGAUUUACUGACUAAGUAAUUAUUCAUGGCUAUUACUGCUCCGGGAGGAAAAUCAAAAUUAUUCUAAGCCUUAAAAUUUGCUGUUAAGAAUUUCUUCGAACAUAAAAUCACCAUUCAUGACAGUGACUAUGAGAAAAAGAAAGUUAAGGAAAUGAAUAUUAAAUAAAAAAUUUAUUUGCCCCCAGUGGCUGAGGAAGAUGAAGGAAAAAGUAUGGUAAUUGAAAAUGUAGAUGACAAGAGUCAACACGUGAAUUUUAGUUAGGAUUGUCAUUAGGAUGUAACUAGUGAGUCUAAUUCCGAAUUUGAAGAUGAGGAUUUUAAAUUUAUUAGAAAUGAAAAUGAUCACUGUAAUAGAAUUGAUAAGGAUAAAUCCUAAUAACAACAUGAUUUUAGAUCUCGUUAUAAAUUUAUUUGUAUCUUUACAGAGAUUAACAGAAAAAUGAGUCAAAAACAAGAACUCCACUUGAGAUAAAUUUUGGAGAAGAAUUAAGUUGAUAUUAUGGUUUUCAAUAUUGCUAAUUAAAAUGCUAAUAUGUUGGAAUUGAAGAAACUCUCUAAAAUAACUCCGAGAAGCAUUUUUGUUAAUGCAACAGCUAAUCUGGAACAGUUGUUUGGAAAAUCACGAUAAAAUCAAUUACAGAAAAAAAUGUACUUAGAAUUCUUUUGA